AUGGGACUCGAGAUUAGCGAGGAUAUGUUAGACAGUAUCAUGAGCGUGAGCGAAGCCGAUGCUUGGCACGGCCGGAUCUUCCAGAGCAUGGACCGAGAUCCAGGGCCAGUAGAGGGGCCCAUCGAGGAACUAGUGACAGAGCUGACCACGGAUCCGAAGGCCACAUAUCGCACGAAUCCGCUCCUCUGGUGGAUUGGUAUUCUUGUGCAGUCAUCGCUUCAAACAGAUGGGGACGAUUACAUCAGUCGGGGGCAGUUCGACUUCAACAUUCUAACCAUGGAUAUGGACAUUAAAGAACGGCUUGAGGCGCUCCUCCACUACUCGACAGUGCUGGUGCUCAACUACUCGAUGAACACAUGGAAGACGAGCGCGGUUCGAAUGGACGAGGUUCACGCCAGCAUGGCAGCUGUAGAUAUGAGAUGGCUCAAUGCCGACGACGACCAGCGACCUGCAGCCAGCGUUGAUAUACGCAGAUGUCAGUCUGCUUCAUGGAAGGACAUAGUCAAGCACAUACGAGCGCAGAGCAAGGCAUUUCUCGGGGACCAGCCUAGGACGGUCGCGAAGCAGAUUCGGGUGUUGUUAACGUUGGAGGUGGUGUAA